CUCACUUGAUCGCUCUUGGUGCGUGCGCGUGCGUAAACGCGUAACGUCUGUGCGCGUGUGUCAACUAGUUGUUAGCUAGGAGCUAGGAGCUAGCUACCCAGUUAGCUUCCUGAAACAUUUGAACACAGGCUCCGUUUAUGCCAAGAAACGUCCGCCGGCCGCCAUGAGAGGAGGGCUCCGCUCCCGCUGCACGGCCGUCCGCCUUCACGCCGAACACGACGCGGGGCUUCCAGUCUGCGACGACAAGUUAACCAACGGCAACAAAAAAUGAACGUUUUUUCUUGCAUUCAGUGGGUUACCGCGCCGAAAAGUCACUCUCCCGAUUACCCGACAAGGAUUAGGCCGGAGCGCGGCACAAGAAGAACACGCGAGGACUCUUGACCUCCACUGAAGUCUACGUAUCCGAGACGCCGCGCUGCCGUCCUUGAUGAAACGGUCUCGGUUAACCUGCCAUCCCCAAUGGAAGUGCCAUCGUAGACAUACGAUACCGUUGCUUGAGCUGCCGCACAGUUCUGUGAGCUUCAGCGUUCCAGCUCUCGGUUGAACUUGAAGGUGGAGAUGGGUUCCCAAGCUCUUCAGAUAUUGCGGCAGGGCGUGUGGGCGUCGCUCACGGGAGGCUGGUACGUGGACCCGCAUCAGAGCACCUUCUCCAACUGCUUCCACCUCUACCUUUGGAUAUUUCUCCUGGCCUUCCCCUUCCUGCUGUACAUGGCUCUUCCUCCUGGCCUGGUGAUUGCAGGCGUGUACUCUGCCCUGGUGGCGGUCUUCUUCACGGCCAUCAAGGUGGUGAACUACCGGCUGCACACGAUGUUCGACCUCGGGGAGAUCGUGGAGAAGAAGCACGCCUCGCUCACAACCGAAGCCCCAAAGACGGACGAUGGAGACGACGGUUCGGGCGGCCACGAUGGGAAUCAGCGCCGGGACAGUCACGUCGGCGUAGAGAUGACGGUGUUCCGGAAGGUCAACUCGACCCCUCCGGUGCGCUGCAGCUCGCAGCACUCUCUGUACGGAUUGAACCAGGUGUCGGAGUUCUUGCCCCAGCUGCAGGAUACAGGAGGCACUAACGAUAUCAAAGAGCUCAUGCGGGAACAAGGAAGCAUUAAUGUGAUCGUUACAUCGGCCCACCGGGAGAUCCUACGCCAGAGGUCCCAGGACACCAUUCGGGGUCCCAGUGUGACUCAGUCCUGCAUUGCUGCUGCGCUGGGAGGAGACUUCCCAGGUCUUAUGGGAGUAUCUGGAAUGUCAUCUGGAUUCGGAGACCCUGGCGUCUGCUUGUCGAUCCCCCCCUCACCCUCCAGUCAAGAAGAUGGAGGCGACAAGGAACCGAUGCAGGAGUUGGAGGAGUUGCCAGAUCGACCGUCUCAGCAGAGCCCCGAGGACAACGGGUCGGGGGCUUACUCUCCCCUGGGCCCCUCUGCUGGGUCCGAGAGCCUGGGGGACACGCCCCUCAGCCCCCUCAUAAAGAGCAGCUUAAGCGAGGAGCUGAGUGAAAACCUACUGGGUCUGGGCCUCGGCCCCGUGACGUUUGCGCCCGGGACCGAGCACCCGGGCAGCCGCAGCGGGGUGGCGCUCGCCGCCGGAUCCACGGACAGCUGCUUCAGUGCCGGCGGAGGGACCACAGACCGCGAGACUCACAGCACCGUGAGCAGUUACCGCAGCGAGAAAACCGACUCCACUCGGCUGGAGAGUCCUUCGUCCAGCCGGCCGGGGCCCGCGGACGGACGGGCGUCGGCCUCGGCGCCGGCGACGGGUUCCGACGCGCCGAGGCCCUCGGAGGGUCCGGAGGGAGAGGGCGGCAGCGACACGGACAACCUGUCGGACAGCGUGCUCCUGCGCUCCCCGUCCAAAGACUUCUCCCUCAGCCGGCGGCUCGACAGGACCCUCGUCGAAGGAGAGGAUCUGUCCCCCGCGCCGCCCCGCCCCCUCCAGAACUCGUCCCCUUCGAGCAGCGGCCGCUCGGAGGUUUGCGAUUCGGACCUGAAUACCUCGGUCCCGCCUCUACCCCCGCCGCGGCACGCCAAGCCGGGGGCCUCGAGGCCGGCCCCGGGUCUCGUGUGCUCCGAGCCCGCUCUGCCCGUGUCCUCCGCCCCCUUUUCACCAUCCGACCCGCAAGCCCAGCAGGUCGUGCGCCCCAAAGACUUGAAGCUGCUGCGGGCCGGCGGCGGCGGCGGCAGCGUGGGGCACCGGCCGGGCCGCCGGAAAGCUCCGCGGCGGCGAGCCGGAGCGGGAAGCAGCAGCUUCGACUGCGGCUCCUACAGGCGUCACCGGCAGCACCGAGAUUACAUCCCGGUGCGCAGCCGCCUGGGCGCCAAGGCCUACAGCGAGAGUCUGUUUGAGGAUUCCAGCGACGACGACGACGACGACGGCAGCGACAUGAGCGCCGGCUCGAGUCUCGGCUCUCAGCGCCGAUACAGUUCAGACGACGACGACGACUCGAGUUCCUCGACCUCCUGCUACUCCCCGGACCUCGCCGGCGCUAAGAUCGCGGCUCCGCUCCCCGCCGCCGCUCAACCGCCCGCCCCGAGGGAAGGGGAUCUCCCCGACGCCGCCGCUCCCUCCCAUCCCCGCGCCGCUCAGCGCUCCUCCAGCACCGCCAGCGCCGAGACUCACGCGCGAGUGCUCAGCGUGGACGAGGCGGGCGGAGGCCAGGGCGACGCGGCGGCUCCGCCCUCCACGUCCACCCCGACGCCCCGCGGCACCCUCACCGUCUCCAAGUCGGACCUGGAAGCACGCGCCGGCCACACGGACGGCUUCCACCACCAUCACCACCACCACCACCGGCUGGAUUCUCUGGGAGGCUCUUGGACCGGCAACCAAAUGGGCUGGAGGGCAGACGAGCUGGUGGAGGAGGGCGCUGUGGGCGGAGCCGUGGCUCCGGAGGAUGGCGGCAAACACGACUCGGUGACCAGCGUGAAGAGGACCCAGGCCAUCCGCAGAAGGCACAACGCCGGGAGCAACCCGACCCCUCCCCCCUCCACCAUGGGCUCCCCUCCCAGCCUUCAGGACCUGCAGCGGGCUCGCACCUCCUCUCACUCACGGACCCGCACGCUCCCCUCAGCCUUACAGUUCGCCUCCUCGCUCCUGCUGCUCCGCAGCGGCAUCCACGAGGCCUCCACCUUCGACGACACAUCCGAGGGGGCGGUGCACUUCUUCUAUGACGAGGGCGGAGUGAAGAGGUCCUACACAUUUGGACCUACUGGAGGUGGUUAUGAGGACCCGGUUCAAGAAAGGGAGAGACAAUCCCAGUCGUCGAGCUUCACCUCCACCGAGGUCCAGGAAGGGGCUCCGGUCCUGUCCAUGCUGCAGCCCAGACCUGUGGUGCUACAGGGCAUGCAGGUGCGCAGGGUGCCUCUGGAAAUGCCUGAGUUUGAUCUGGAUCACGAGUCUCUACAAGAGUCCCAGGAAAACACUCUGAUGAUCGAGGAGAAAGCCAAACCCAAGCAGUACUAUCGCUUCUGGGUGGUGCCUGGGAGGUGGCUGAGGGUCCGAUACGACCGGCUGGCUCUCUUGGCUCUGUUGGACAGGAACCGCCGUGUGGGGGAGAACGUGUUCGCCGUGGUUCUGGCCAGUUUGGUGGCCUUCCUGGGGUUCCUGCUGCUGCUCCAGGACUUCUUCAGGGACAUCUGGGUUUUCCAGUUCUGCCUUGUCAUCGCCAGCUGCCAGUACUCUUUACUGAAGAGUGUACAACCCGAUGCGGCGUCUCCCAUGCACGGCCACAACUGGAUCAUCGUGUACAGCCGACCGGUCUACUUCUGCUUGUGCUGCGUGAUGAUCUGGAUCUUUGACCUCUCCGGGCGCUCCGGCAGCCUGCAGCCCUUCUCCCUCUACGGCAUCACCUUCUUCUCUGCACAUUUCCUGCUCUGCGUCAGGGAUAUGCUCAUCGUGUUUUCCUUGUGUUUCCCGGUCAUCUUCCUGUUUGGGUUGCUACCUCAGGUCAACACUUUUGUGAUGUGUCUGCUGGAGCAGAUCGACAUGCACAUUUUCGGUGGAACUGCCACAACCAGCCCCCUCUCGUCUCUGUUCAGCCUCAUGCGCAGCGUGCUGGUGGCUGCCCUGCUCUAUGGGUUUUGCCUCGGUGCGAUCAACGCGCCGUGGGGGGAUGCCCAUGUGCCAGUGCUGUUCUCUGUGUUCUGCGGCCUCCUCCUGGCCUUGUGCUACCACCUCAGCCGCCAAAGCAGCGACCCCACCAUCCUGUGGUCGCUGGUCAGGUCCAAGUUAUUCCCAGAGUUGGAGAACCGAACGCCCGAAGACCCCACGGUGGAGAUCAAGGACCCCCUUCCCGAGAAGCUGCGUAACUCUGUGAAAGAGAUUCUUCACUCGGACCUCGUCAUGUGUCCCCUCAUGGCCGUGAUCACCUUCGCCAUCAGCGCCAGCACCGUUUUCAUCGCUCUUCAACCCGCUCUGAGCUUCGUCUUGUACACCCUGGCCGGAGUCGUGGGCUUCAUCACACACUACCUGUUGCCUCAGCUCCGCAAGCAGCUGCCGUGGUUCUGCCUGGCUCACCCCGUGCUGCGCUCCCGAGAGUACAGCCAGUUCGAGGUCCGAGACGCCGCUCAGCUGAUGUGGUUUGAGAAGCUGUACGCGUGGCUUCAGUGCGUGGAGAAGUAUAUCAUCUACCCGGCCGUGGUGCUCAACUCCCUAACGACGGAGGCUCGAACUGUGGGCCAGAACCACAAAGAUCUGGAUAUCUACAGCCGAGCUCUGUUCAUCUCGGUGGCGGGCAUGAAGCUGCUGCGCUCGUCUUUCGGCGCCCCGUCGCAGCAGUACGUCACGCUCUGCUUCACCGCGCUCUUCUUCCAGUUUGACUACCCGCACUUCUCGGAGACCUUCCUCAUCGACUACUACUUCAUGUCCAUCCUCUUCAGCAAGAUGUGGGACCUGCUGUACAAGCUGCGCUUUGUGUUGACUUACAUCGCCCCCUGGCAGAUCACCUGGGGCUCUGCCUUCCACGCCUUCGCUCAGCCCUUUGCUGUUCCCCACUCUGCCGUGCUGUUCGUUCAGGCCGUCUUCUCCGCAAUCUUCUCCACGCCUCUCAAUCCUGUCCUCGGUAGCGCCGUGUUCGUCACGUCCUACACCAGACCCGUCAAAUUCUGGGAGAGAGACUACAACACAAAGCGUAUCGAUCAUUCCAACACCAGACUCGCCACUCAGUUGGACCGCAACCCAGGUGCCGAUGACAACAACCUGAACUCCAUCUUCUACGAGCACCUGACGCGCUCGCUGCAGCACAGCCUGUGUGGAGACCUGCUGCUCGGCCGCUGGGGCAACUACACCACGGGCGACUGCUUCAUCCUCGCCUCCGACUACCUCAACGCUCUGGUGCACAUCGUGGAGAUUGGCAACGGCCUGGUCACCUUCCAGCUGAGGGGGCUGGAGUUCAGAGGUACCUACUGCCAGCAGAGGGAGGUGGAGGCCAUCACGGAAGGGGUGGAGGAGGACGAGGGCUGCUGCUGCUGCGAGCCCGGCCACCUCCCCCACAUGCUGUCGUUCAACGCGGCCUUCGGGCAGCGCUGGCUGGCCUGGGAGGUCGCCGCCACCAAGUACGUGCUGGAGGGCUACAGCAUCAGCGACAACAACGCCGCCUCCAUGCUGCAAGUGUUCGACCUCCGGAAGAUCCUCAUCACAUAUUACGUCAAGAGCAUCAUCUACUACGUGAGUCGGUCCUCCAAAAUGGACGAGUGGCUGACCAACGAGACGAUUCAGGAGGCUCUCCGGCCUUGUCUCGGGUCCAACUACGUGGACAGCGACCCGACCUUCAACCUGAACAUCGACGAGGACUACGACCACCGGGCCUCGGGCAUCACCGCCGCCUCCUUCUGCAUGGUUUACCUGGACUGGAUCCAGUACUGCAACAGCCGGCGCCAAACGCCGGUGCCGUGUGAAAGAGACUCUCCUCUCGUCAACCUGUGUUUCGGGCUGUGCAUCCUGGGCCGGCGAGCUCUGGGCACGGCCUCUCACAGCAUGUCUGCCAGCUUGGAGCCGUUUCUCUACGGCCUCCAUGCACUCUUCAAGGGAGACUUCCGGAUCACGUCUCCCAGGGAUGAAUGGGUGUUCGCCGAUAUGGACCUGCUGAACCGAGUCGUGGCGCCGGGCGUGCGGAUGUCCCUCAAGUUGCAUCAGGACCACUUCACGUCUCCGGACGAGUACGAAGAUCCGACGGUUCUGUACGACGCCAUCACCGCCAACGAGGAGAAGAUGCUGAUCUCUCACGAGGGGGACCCCGUGUGGCGCAGCGCCAUCCUGGCCAACAAGCCGUCGCUGCUGGCGCUGCGCCACAUCAUGGACGACGGCAGCGACGAGUACAAGAUCAUCAUGCUGAACAAGCGGUUCCUCAGCUUCAGGGUCAUCAAGGUGAACAGGGAGUGUGUGCGCGGGCUGUGGGCGGGGCAACAGCAGGAGCUGGUUUUCCUGCGCAACCGCAACCCGGAGCGCGGCAGCAUUCAGAACGCCAAGCAGGCCCUCAGGAACAUGAUCAACUCGUCGUGCGACCAGCCCAUCGGCUACCCCAUCUACGUGUCGCCCCUCACCACCUCGUACGCCGGGGGCCACGGCCAGCUGCACUCUGUGUGGGGGGGGCCCGUCAGCCCGCACAACAUCUACAGCUGGCUCCUCAGCAGCUGGGACAGGUUACAGAAAGGUUGCGGCGCCGGCUGCAACAGCGGCGGCAACAUCGAGGACUCUGACUGCGGCGGCGGCUCUGCCUCCAUCUCCACCAACCCGGCCGUUCACACCACCCAGAGUACCCCCGCCUCCGGCCUCCCUCAGCCACACAUCAGCACCGUGCAGCCCUUCAUGGGUACUGAUAACCCUGUCGGUCCGACCCAGAGCUGGCCUCACCACCCCCAGCCCCUCCCACUAGCGCUGCUCAGCCAAUCAGAGGGCAGGAUGGAGGCGGGGCUGCUGACGACCCUGCAGCGGACGUCCUCCAUCCAGGGCCUCUUCGGCCAGCAUCUCUCCAGCUCCCAGCUCUCCUUCAGCGGCGCCGUGGCUCCGCCUUCUCUGCCCGGCUCGGAGCGCUUCUGCUUCCUGGAGAACUCGGGCCACCGGGCGGGCCCGCGGGCCGGCGGCGGGCUGCACUACGAGAGCCACUUCAGCAAGUGGAGCUUUUCGGGCCGGAAGGGCUUCAACGGACCGGCCGCCGCGGCGGAGGGGGAAGGAGGAGCCGCGCAGACCGUCCGCACGCAGCCCGCCCCUCCAGCGCCGCUCCAGGAUCUGGGUCUCACUCGAGACCCUCUGGGGGCGGCUCAGAUGAUGGAUCCGGCCCUGCUGACCGCGGGGGACCCCCCCGCCCCCCGAGAGGAAUCCACAGAGCUGCCUUUACUUGCACACCUGCGCUGAGGCACCGGAGAACCCCAAGUGACACGCCUUGUUGGAUCAGCACCGGGGGGCCCGGCCCGGACCCGACUCGGUCCAGCGGCCCUGAUUUGACUCGACGGCCCACUACCGCACCGCGGGGGUCCGGCGAUGAGCUCAUUUCCUGUCUACUCGUCGGCCACCGGACUCCGAGUCGUUGCUCCUGGCGCCGGACUCGCUCUUCACUCCGGCACCGGGCCCUCGGUGUCUCUGUGGAGCGCACUUAUUAAAAUAAAAAAAGGGAUGUUUUGCUGGAUUAUUUUUCUAUAUUUGGAGAAUAGAACAUCUCUAACUUUCUGUUACUUGACAUCUGCAGCAGUGUGUGUGCGAAACCGAUCGCGACAACAACAACAACAAUGCGACUGCUGUCGGUGCAAAAGCAGGAGAAGUGGAAACCACGACGGGCCUCGUGUCGGCACAUCCUCACCGGGCCGACGCACAACUGAAGCCUCCGCUCGCUCUGCACACUGACCAUCUUCAACAGAAGGACACACACUCACACACACACACACACACCAACACGCCGUCCCCCGUCUCCUGGCCCGGUUCCUCCAGAGGUGCCUGACGACAGCCACACUCGGCGGUUCUGUCCAGGAGAACGAGUCCUCUCCGUCCCGCUGGCCUCCUGAAUCACGAGCAGCCGGUGCGUAUUGAUCCGGAUCAGGGGGGGGGGGCGAUUCCAAUCAAUGGAAAUGGUGUCGAUCACAAACACACACCAGGAGUGUCGGACACUUCAAGCCUUUUUUAGUUUUUUGGGGGGAGUGGGAUGUCCUCUGUUUUAAUACUUGAAGAAUCACGAGUUCCUCUGUUUAUUCUCUUUGGAUGACGGAUCAAUAACGGCCUCCGAUCACAUCCGAUCAGCUCAUGACUCAGUAUAAGGGACCCUCCUGUUGCUAUACUACUGCUUCUGCAUCUCCUGCUACGACUAAUAUACCCACCUCCUCCUCCUCCUCCUCCACCGCUGCUGCUGUUUCCUCCACUCUAGAAUCCAGCGUUUUAGUUGGACAUGAAAAACAAAGUUUAAUAAAUACUGAAAGCAAAGGUGGAAUAUUUAUUUGAUUUAAUAUCGUCUCAGAUCUCCUUUAACUGCGUUCCGUCAACAUGGUGAUGUGAUGUAUCCGAUUGGAAAUAUGCCUUCUGUCCACUGCCCCCCCCCCCUCAGUUGGUUUGGUGUCAUCACAUUUGUAUCGUCUCACCAGUGGCUCUUUUUCUUUGUCUUUCUUUUUUUUUUUUAUAGUGUAACUGGAAGAAUCCCUGAGAAGUGACUCGGUUGGUUUCUUGACUCUUUGUUCCACCGCAAAAUUAAAAACACAGAUUUCGACCCUAUUCGGCCCCCAAAUGUUUCCCCUGAUCCAAUGACGUGCCCCCCUCCCCCCCCCCACAUCUUGUCUGCAGUGCUUGAAUGAUGCUGACAUGACAUUGUGCGACACUAAUAACGUUCCCCUCUAGGAAACCUGAGAGGAGGCCGGCGUUCUCAGCGUCUGUCAUUUAAAAUAAAUUGACUUCUUCGGCAGGAAGACUUUUUUUAUUGUUCAAAAUGAGGAAACACGAGAGGGAGAUAUUAAAACAAGGGUCACGAUAAUACGGCCAUGUGAGCACCGGCUGGGUCACAUGACCUUACAGAAGAUCUUAUGCGCUGCAUGCUGGGUAUUUUCUCACUUUCAGCUCCUCAACAUCUGGACGACACGCCGUGUCACGGUUUUUAUAUCAUUUAAAUCUAAUUUGUUUAACCUUUUUUUUAUUUUUUAAACAAAAUAUUUCUAGCAGCUGAUGUUUCAGUGAAGAAGCUGCGGGGGAAGAGGGCGUCCGCCUCCACCCUCGAAAAACACGCCAGGGACUUUCUGCCGAGCGCUCCCUUUAUCCUCGUUUCCGCGGCAACGGGAGGCUGCGUUUUUCUUUUUUUCUUCGGAAAGCAGUCAUUGCAACAGAUCUGCGCGUCGCUUAUAAGAGAUUAUUAAUCUCCUUAAAUUAUGUACAGCAUGUUUCUUAUAUAAAUAUAUUUAAAAUACAAAUCUAUUUUAUUAUUAUUGGAUUUUGGGUUAUUUUUCAUUGAAGACACUAAGUGGCGGUUUAAGGGAGGGACUCGUGUUUACCCAUCGGAGGGGGGAGGGGCUCUUCCAGGAUUUAAAUACUUUUGCGCAAAAUGUAUCACACCAUCCUACUUUAUCAUUUUAAUAUUUUUUUGCGGGCGGAGUCUUUUAUUUAAGAUCUUAAAGUGGAUGUUCAAUGUUCUGUACAGUUUUUUUAUUGUGAUUUUUCUUUUUAAAUUAAAGGUUUUCGUGUCGUUUGCAAAUCAA